UCUGAAGUGGUGCUUGAUGUUGUCUCUUCCUCUCUUCAUUCCAAACUGUUUCUUCUGACGAUUCUGCUUGCCGUUGAAGAGGAUACUUUGCAGAUCCCUCUUGCUCUCAACGUCUUUGCUCUCGACAAUCUUGUGGUGACCAAGCUGGAAUCUACUCUUGUCAAUAGCCUUUGAGAUUAUUUGGCUUCCAAUCUUUGGAAUAUCAGCUACUCUAGUCUCAGAUUUGGCAGUGGCCUUUUCCUUAGCUUUCAUGGCUCUUGUCUUUGGCAUUUUUCUUUUGUAA